ACUAACAAAUUACCGAAUACUUUUAAUACGACAAAGUCUUUAAGGAUCAUGCAUAACAAAGAAACUUAGACCUUGAAAAAGAUAUUGAGGGUUGGUAAAACAACCCCUUUCUACUUUUGUGUUGUGGAAAUUGAACAGGCUUUUUUAGCUGACUUGAGAGAAAGAGACAGGCAUCAGGAAACAGAAUGGGAAAUUGGAGAGGUCUUCUUCCCCUGUACCUCUUUAAAAUAUGGAGAUAAAUUUUUAUUUUCAGUUUUCUUGGAGAUAAAAAAAGUUCUUCCCCUAAGAAGUCUGUCAUAUUAACUUGCUUUUUUGCUACAAAACAAAUCUUCAUGUUCCAAAAGACCUUACCUUAUUUAAAAGACAACAGAUAUUUUGGGGUGAAGAAGUCUCCAUGAUGUGUGUUGUGUUGUGUUAAAAACUUGUUUCAGUGUGACAUUGAUGUAAGGAUAUAAUUUAACUCACAACUUCUUCUUUGCAGGUUAGAAUAAAAAAAAAAAAUUUCCACCUCACACAGUGUUCUGGUUUUUGAAAAUAAUGAAUUUUUUUAUGGCUAGUUGGUGCUGCAGUUGAUGAAAGACUAUGGUUUUGCUGGUUGAUUGUGGCCUCGUUUCAAGGUAUUUACUUAGCUGUUUUCUUAGUAUUUUCAAUGCACAUUGAAUGGAAAGAGGAAAGCUGCGACUUCCCCUGGUAAAUAUAUUGAUUUUUGAGAUAGCAAAAGUAAAUAGCUCUGAAAUUGAACUUGGAGAAACAGAGAUGAUCUGUUUGUGAAACAGAGGACCUUUCAUUAUUAAAAGUUGUUGCUGAAUAGGCUGGACAAAUGGCGUUUUUCAAAAACCUUCACCAAAAUCUGAGCCUUCCCUCUGUGUCUUCCCUGGUGGACACGCUUAGCAGUGCUGUGGAUGAUCUGGCCAGUGUUGUUGGAGAGGUCAGCUACACUGUAGCUGAUUCAGUAACAGAACAAGUAACCAGCAUGAUAAAUGGCCUUCGUGCAGAAGACGAGAGCUCCAAAAUGCAGAAUGAUAAACCUGUGGAAGGGAGAGAAGAACAUACACCACCAGUAACUCAUUCUCAGGAAACUAGCAUGAAAGUGAAGAGGGGUGUCACAGAACACAAAGAGACUCAUAGUUCUAAUUCAUUAGAUUUUGUAAAAAAAGGUACAAGUCAAAUUGGAGUAUCUGACCAUGUCUUGGACAAAAACCAGUGCCAGUUAAAGGGCACAGAUAAUAAUAAUCCAUCCAGUUAUACAGAAGUACCUCAGGUUUUGAAGUCUGUAGGAGGACCUUUUGAAAGGGAAGCCGUAGGGGGAAAUGGGUAUAUUGUAAAUGAUGAAUUCUUGAAGGAUAGUCACCUGAAAAGUAAUAAAUUUACCAUGGAGCAAUCUAUUGAGAAGCAAGAUAAUUGUCUAUAUGAACUAUUGGAUAAUUCAAAGAAUCGCUUGCAUAGAAAAAUCAAAUCACGUUCACCUGGAGUUGAUAUUAAGGAUUCUGAUCAAGUACAUAGUAUGCAUGUUCCCCAAGAUUUAGAAACAAAACUUGUUGAAGUACAAAGGCAAAAAUUAUCAGACUCCAACUUGAAGAAGAUGCACAAUGACGACCCCAAUUGCCUAAAUGAAAUCAAAGAAAAGAAAUUGGAAACCUUUUUUGACAGAAAAGGAAAAUUCAUCUCAAAUGAAGACAGUAUGUCAACUACAAGUGCAAAUGAUGGUAAAAAGAAAAACUCAAAGAAAUUAGAGAGAGAGCUAUGUAAUAAGAAGACAGCAGGAAAAGACAAUUCUUAUAUGAGUAAAGACCAGCAUGGUUCAUCAUCUGAGAGUGAAGAUGAAGCACUGGGUAAAUAUCAUGAGGCCUUGUCUAGAACCCAGACUUCCAGGCUGCCAGUGGUGGAUGGCAGACAGCAAAAAAACUAUAUAUGGGAAACCAGACAAAAAUAUAGUCCCCUGUCUGCAGAAUAUGAUGGAUACAGUAGUGAAGCCUCAAUAGAUGAAGCGAACUGCAUACAGAGGAUGAGAAGAACACCUCCGCUAGAUGAACUGCAGCCGCCUCCAUACCAGGAUGACAGUGGUUCUCCUCAUCUUUCCUGUACGCCUUCUGAAGUCGGAGACAGUAAAUGUGAAUAUUCCCAGUGUAGCAACAGUCCGAGAUGUUCAUAUAAGUGCCCAAGUGAGGGAAGCACGGGACACGAAAUAGAAAGCUUUCAUAACAAAGGAUACGAAGAGGAUGUGCCAAGUGAUAGCACAGCCAUUCUUAGUCCGGAGGAUAUGUCAGCUCGAGGAUCAUCUUCACAGCUUCCUAAACCUUUUGAUCCUGAGCCAGUAGCUAAAUAUGGCACACUGGAUGUGACUUUUGACUAUGACUCACAGGAACAGAAGCUUUUGGUGACAGUGACAGCUGUCACAGACAUUCCCACAUACAGCAGGACAGGUGGAAGCUCGUGGCAAGUACACCUAGUCCUUCUCCCUAUAAAGAAGCAGAGAGCAAAAACCAGCAUCCAGCGGGGACCGUGCCCUGUCUUCACAGAGACAUUCAAAUUUAAUCACGUUGAGUCUGAGAUGAUUGGGAAUUAUGCAGUUCGCUUUAGACUGUACAGCGUACGUCGCAUGAAAAAAGAGAGGAUUGUGGGAGAAAAGAUUUUUUACUUAACAAAAUUGAAUCUUCAAGGGAAGAUGUCAGUGCCAGUGAUACUGGAACCUUCUUACAGUCUGUCUGGCUGUGACUCUCAAAUGAGCAUGUCAGAAGUGUCCUGCAGUGAAAGUACCUCCUCUUGUCAGUCUCUGGUACAUGGCUCAGCUCCAGAAAUCCUCAUUGGCCUCCUUUAUAAUGCUACAACUGGAAGAUUAUCAGCAGAAGUGAUAAAAGGCAGCCACUUCAAAAACUUGGCAGCAAACAGACCACCCAAUACGUAUGUUAAGUUAACACUGCUGAACUCGAUGGGGCAAGAGAUGUCCAAAUGCAAAACUUCCAUCCGCCGAGGACAGCCAAACCCAGUGUACAAGGAAACUUUCGUUUUCCAGGUGGCUCUGUUUCAGCUGUCGGACGUGACACUCAUACUGUCUGUAUAUAAUAAGCGCAGCAUGAAGCGAAAAGAGAUGAUAGGGUGGAUUUCCUUAGGUCUCAACAGCUCAGGAGAAGACGAACUCAAUCACUGGACUGAAAUGAAAGAAUCUAAAGGACAGCAAGUGUGUAGGUGGCAUACUUUACUAGAAUCAUAAUGGAUGGUAGGAAGUGUGGUCAUGGUUUAAAGGGACUUUGUUCUCCCGAGAAGAUGAUCAUCUCUGGUCACAAUCAACAGAUCUGUUACAGGAGUAAAAAAACAAAAAUUGAGGUCAACAUUCCAUCAUAAAGAGUGCACAACAUGCAAAAUGGCGGAAUUUAAUAUACAAUCUUCACUUAGUGUCAUAAACUUCCUUGGUGUCAGAGAAGCCUGGCUGUACACAGAUACGUUAGCAGUCCCUUCCCUAUCCACCUGAUGCUGUAUUUGUUUGGGUUUGUUUUGUGGUUUUCAAUUCAGAAACAUUUUGUGUAAGGUUCUUUGAAUUUAUGUAAGCUCCUCCUUGUGUACUUUUUGUAUUGCUUUAAUACUGUAGCUUCUGACCUGCCUGCGUUCAGAUUAAAGGUCAAUAGUUUGCACUUUGAGAAAAAGUUAAUGGUCUGUCUAGCAAAAGCAAAAAAAAAAAAAACAAAACCCAUUGGUGAAAGAACACUUAGUAAUAUAGUAAAUAGAAAUAUACUGUUGUUUUACACUGAGUUUCUUUCCAGGAGCUUAGUACAAGUAAGUUUUGAAUUUUUGAUGUGCAGUUGGUUUGAAAAAUACUAGCAUUUGGGCAUCAGGUGAACUUUGACAUCGAACUAAUGUUUCUUCAAUCUGUGACAGGAACGAGCUCUAUAUAUGGCAUAAAUUGGGUUUUUCCCUCUUGCCUGUACUUCUGCCUAAUCCAAAGAGACCAGAUCAUUAGUUUGGUCCCUUCCAAAACUCCUUAGACAGGUUGUACUGUAAAACUAUGUAACUUUCUGUUGAAAGCACUUCCUGUAUUCAUGUAUUCCAAUGUAGGAAGCUCAUAGAGCACGACUUUACUAAAAUAUAUUUUCAUUAAACAAAUUGAUACAGAUUUCUUUAAAAUGUCAGCAGUUCGAAGUUAGGCUGAAAGACUGUGAAGGAAGGUGCAGCAGUUGAACUGCUCUGAAUGAAUGUGAAAUACUAUGGCUUUGCUUGAAGCAGGUGUGAGUCUCUUCUGAGCUCUUUUAGGAACUACCAUAUGCUGUUCACUGGAACUAGAGAGCAGACAAGGAGUUUUUACCUUUCUUCUUGAAGAAGAGAACAUCAGUAAGUUGUAUUUCUAGUGAUUUUCCAGCAAUUGAAUGAAUGUUCCCACACAAAAUAGAAGUUUGCUUUGCUUGUGUUCAGGCUGGGAAACAUGGCUUUCUAAUGAUGCAGAUGAGAAGUUGCAGUAUUACAAGAAGGUUUGCCAUCAGAUAAACACUUGUGGCAUCCACCAAAAUUGGGGGAAAUAUCAGUGCUUCUGAGAUUCCUAUUUGCCCCAAAUGCUUUAGCUGGACUAGCGCUGAUUUAUUGACUGCUGAAUCUAAUUCAUAUUACUGAAAUUGUGGGUUAUUGAGUAAACAUAUUUAUUUUUAAAAAGCUUCCCAAUUCAGAUAUUCUUUUUGCCGGUAAUGAAUAAGCUCUAUUUAUUUUUAAUUGUUCCUGUAUGGAAAGCAAGCUUUUUUUAAUUAUUAUUUUUAUAAAUGAUGGUGAUGUCUUACUAAUAUGGGACCUCACUGACUGUUGUAGCACUUGGUGGGUAGAGGAGCAAAGUGUUAGAUUUUGCUGAGAGAAUUAGUGUUAGUCUGGGGUGUUCUCAUUAGGACAAGUGUUUUUCUCUUGAAUUUCUUUAUAUUGUCUUUGAAGAAUCCUGACCUUGCGUUAUACAGGCUGUCAAGUACAGUGAGAUUGGUGACGGUGAGUAUGCUGUAAUAAAGAUAUUUCACAUGGUUCUCAAAUUCUCUCACUACUUAACAAUUGCAUUAAGUCCUUUUGAAAGUAUAUUAUAAUUCCACGUGUUGGUUUAUUUGAUGCCUUUUGAUGGGUUUAUUUUCAGAGCCAGGCUUUCGGUUUUUGUGGAUUUAAAGUUUUAAACACUAUUACAGACCUUUUCGGGGUUUUUUUCCUUCUGAUAUUGCGCUGCUGCUUCAUUUACAGAAGCUUUAUUUACUAAAUACAAAUAAUGCAAAAACUUUCUUUAAACAGGAAUGGUCUUGCAGCAAUACUCUUUCAGUCCUUUUUGUUGAUCAGUUUGUGAAAUAUAAUGUUGAGCGUAGAAUUUAAUAAAAAGUCAACAUUAAUUUUAUAUGCAUAAGGAAAAUGCUCAGAUUUUCACAAUCCUUUCAGUUUUCAAUAUAAUAGAAACAAUGACUUAGAAGCUGUUCAAAAGCAGUUUUUCCUAAAUGUGGAAGUGUUUUUAUCCAUUCUCUUUGUGGAUAUUUGGAUGCUCUUUCCUGAAGCUGAAAGUUGUCUCUUGGUGGUUGUCUCUUUGUACAGGUUUUGCUAUGUAAAAUAAUGUACAAUAUUUAACAGCAAGAACUGAGCCAGUUAAUUCUAAUGGAGAAUGUACGUAACAUCACCACUGAACAAAUGAAGAAGUCAGUUUGGAAGGUGCAGCAAAUAACCUCUUACAAAACCAAACUAAACAAAACCGUGUCAUGAUGUGCAUUUCUGUUUGUAGGUUGAUUUGCAUCAGCUUUCCAUCUAACCGUUUAGAUUUUAAGGCACUGAAAUCUUAAUUUAGACACAGCGCAGAUUUAUAGUAGUCCGUGUUGGGCACAUUAGGGAAGAGGAAUCUCUCUCUAGGUCACACGACUUUUCCUGAAGUAUCCAAGACCGGUCUGUGUUUCACAGAAGCAGGAUUGAUUUACUUGGAUCUAUACUGUACAGAGCCUAGGAACUCAAUGUAUAAAGAAUGUAAAUGAAUGUUAAAUUUUGAGGCAGUAGAAUAUGGAUUUGCCAUGCAAAACCAGUCACACCAAUAAUUGGAUUCGUCUUGGGCUUUUUGUGAGUUAAUUGUAGUACCAAUAGCUGUCAUGUUGGUUUUUUUUCCUAGAAUCCGUUCUUAUUAUUUGAUUUGUUUGUAAUUUUGUUUUUCUUACUACUUAUGCGAACCUAUACUUUUGUAUUUGAAAUAUACCUUUAGAUAUUGUGGAUUUUUCAAACCUUACAUAAGGGCUUUACACAUACAUUGUGUUUUGUGCAUUCAGUUAGGUCAUAAGCACGGAACAGAAUUUCUAAAGAACAAAGUAUCAGUAACCAAUUAGAGACACUUGUGUUUUCCUCAGAGUUGGCUGUGGUUUUUUUCAUAGCUUUUUGUUGUUUGCCUUUGUUCAAAAGUACAGUAAGCACUUGGAAAAGAUUAUCAAGCUAAUUACUUUUAUGUGUACCAGUUUACCACGUAGAGAUUGCAGAUCUUGAAUUGAAUCUGUUUCCUGUCAGUGUAGCCUUAAAUAAUUAUAGAGCAGUGACGUUCUUGCAGAUUCUAUUCUUGAAAAUAUUGCAUCCUUUCUGUGUAUGAACUAUUUGGUUUAAUGUUUAGAAUGUUUCACGUAAGUCGUCUUAAAGUAUUAUAAAUGUAAAAAACUUGGUUAGUUCCUUUCUGUGGUAAGGGCAAGGUUGUGAAGGGCAGGAUAGCCAAGCAUGAUAUCACUUGAGCUGAAAACAAAUUUUAUGGAAUUUACUGUGGGACAUAUUUUUCUCUGUAAAUUUUUGCAACGAUUCGUGAUGACAGAUGUAGUGUCAGCAUCAGUACCUUCCAAACUGUCACACCUUUGGAGCAACUUUUUUGUUGUCUAAAGUUUAUGUUUUUGAUUUAUUCUCUUUUCUCCCCAAUGACUUACUCCUGCAAACUCCCCAGCACCCUGAGAAGCUGUCUGUGGCAGUCACAGGGCCUUAGAAGUCAGGGACAUUCUGCACCACUUACUUUAAGGUACUGGUGCAAAAUUUCUGUGCCCUGUACAAUUCCUAAAGAUUUCUGAAAUUAAAACCAUCAGUUUUAAUGUAGUGAAGAAGAAGAAGAAAACUUCUUUGAGGGAGACAUUUUAAUGUAGAAAUUUAAUAUAGAUUACUCUUACACAUACCAAUUCUAAAAAAUUUCAGAGGUAAAAUCAGGGAAUGAGGGUUGAGGGAAGGCCUUUUGGCCUGAGCUGUUUCAACUGGAAACUAACAGCAGAAUGCCCUUUUGUUGAACUGAGCCCUUUACUUCCUUAUCACACCUCUCUGGAGGAAAAAAAUUUGUCCUGUUUAAAGCAGUCUUUAAAAUUAUGGCUUGUCACUUGUAAGACAGACUGACUUCCUCCUGAAGCUGAAAUCUCAGUAACAACUAAACAUCCAUUUAGUUCUCCGACUGAUGUGCAUGCUUGCCUGCUGUUACUGUUAGUGAGAGGAGCCCAUGGGCAUCAACAGGAGAGCAGACCUCACCCUGAAAGUGUGAAGAACAAUAGGAUUUGCAGGUUAGAGAAGUAGUGCAGCAUGGAACCUGCAGCACAGCCAAAUGUGAUUUCAGUUAUGAAUGAAGGUAGAAAAGCAAACAGCCGUAUAUUGACACAAACUUGUUAUUUAAUAAUUCUCUCUUAUAUUUGUUUCUUCCUUUUCUCAGACUUUGAAAUAUUUUUAAAACUUAGUAUUAAAAAUGUUGAAGCAGUCCCCGAACACCUUGAUAAUUUUAACUGGAACAUUCAGCAAAGUUUAUUGUUAGAACGAGCCUUCAGGAAUGUUCUGUGGUUUUGGUCUCUAACUCAACUGCUAGAUUUCAGACUGCUUUGUUCUGAUGAUUGUUUUUGAGGGGAAAGUUGCAGGAGCAUUUCCUUGUCACUGAAUCAACAAUGCCUGUUGAAGAGAUGUCAUCUGAGAGCGAGAGCAUUAAAAUAAGAGAUGUCUUCAUACAGUAGCGGUGGCAGUGACUCACAUUCCACUCUUGGAGCCUUGUGGCCCUUGGAGGGCCCUACUCAAAGAAACUGUGACAUGGGAAUUGUGGGAGUUCAUACAUUCAAAGCAGCGCUGGUCUGUGUGGGCAUCACGUGGCUUCUAAACUAGUGUAUUUUACAGAGGUAGAUGUUUUUUAUUUGCCCAGGGUGAGUAGGGCAGGUGCCAAUUGACCUGUAGUGACAUGGAUUAGUUUAGCCUUAAGAACUUAUCACUGCCCCUCCUUAAGUUCAAGCAGGGUUUUUUCCUUUCUGCAGACUAUGCAGAAAUUUUAUGCACCCAGUGUAUCUGCUUAUAUUAUGCCUACCUGUCAAUAUGGCACAGUUAUGUUAGUGCUGGCAAGCUUAGUUCUUACAUUAGGUGGUGUGACUGAAUUAAUAAAUGGGCCUGGUACAUGCUGGAUCAGGUUUUACUGCUCAGGCUUACGCUGGUACCAAUACAGAAGUAAGAUCCUUCUGUGGAGGAGUGUGCCAGGAGUUAGGAAAGUGGGUAGUAUUGCUCCUGUAGGAAUGAAGACCAAGAAACAGCUAUGCCCAGAAAAUGGGCAAGGCUACCUUAUAGCAAGAAGGAAUCAUUCACUUCCUAGGAAGCAUGUGCUGAUUGAGCUGGCAUAAAGACCCUACUCAGGAGAGCAGAAGCAGUAAUACCAUAGCACUGAAGGAAUACCUCAUGGACAUUCAGGGAUGUAAUUAAUGUCAUCCUUUUGUCUCUUAUAUCUGAGGACAAGAGUCUUGCCCAUUUUAUCAGUACAAUUUUUUUGCUGUGUUUUGCGAAUCCUGUGGACAUUCACUGCGUGCUGAGGGUCUAAAGUGGAUUGCUUUUUAACUUUUGGUUUAUUUACAAAGCAUGAGUUUGAAUGAAUUUACAGAAUUAACUAGAAGCAUUAUCAUAGCUUUGAGAUGUAAUCUCUAGGCCAUAGUGCAAGCAAGGAGCAGGGCUUUGGAACAGUUUUGAUAGUCAGUUUUGCAAAUGGCUUAUUAUGACAUUUUAAGAAAAUUUCUAAGCAGUUGAAUGUAUUAGGGAAUAUUUACAAAAAAGGAGAUAGAGCAAUGAUCUUUUUUUACUAUACAGCUAGUUUGCUGUCCUUUCCAGUAAACCACAAGGUUCAUUAGUGCUCAGUACUGUUUUGUUUACGAUAACUGUUUUUAAUGUGAUUUUCAUGACGAAGUGUAAUUAGUGAAACCUUUUAUUCAAUUUUUCCCUUUCUUUGCUUUUUUUAAGGAGAGAUUUCUCCUUAUAUAGUAUAUAUACUUUCUUACAGAGCUUUCUUACCUAUUUUUAUAUAAGAUUUAACAAUGUAAGAUUAAAUGCUCUAUGAGCAAGCUAUAUCACUGUUAACACAAUCAAAAGUGCUAAUAUAAUGACUAAGGGCCUGAACCUUCUGCCUUUUACUCAGGUCCUGGUUUAACCAGAUGUAUUUCAUGUUGUGUAGUACCUUUCCCUGUAAGUAGUUCCAUCUAUUUCUUGGGAUGUCUCAGAGAAAGGCACUACUGACAUGAAUAACAGUGGUAAAACUGAGCCUCUUCUCCAUUCUUAGUGGGACAUCUGUCAUGAAUACAGGCUGCUGGCUCUGUCCCAAAGUAUAGUUAUAGAUUAUAGUUCCCUUGAUCUUCAGUGAUUUUGAACUUGUUUUUCUGGUGACUAUAACCUAAUAACUGAUCUUAGUGAAUACAAAUAUUGAAUUGUGCUGUUAUCAGCAAGAUUAUUAAAAUGUAUUUCACAUCUUCAUUCAUUCUAUCAUUGGGAUAUAAGGAUUUUGAAGCAUUAUACUGCAUAGACAUAGCACAUAUUCACCACAUUUCUAGAAAGUAUGGAAAAUACAGUAUGUAGCAUUUUCUUGCAUACUUUUAUACUGCCUGUAAGUCACCGAUGCACUCGGUGCCUUCCUUCUUUUAUAUAAAACUAAUGCAUAGAGAAACUAAAGUUAUGGUGUGUAAGCAAUGUCACUGCAACUGAAGAGAUGUCUUAAACUGAUUAUUUCUAGUCCAGGAGGUUUCAAAGGGCAGUUCAGUUUAACACAGUGCUUUAAAUUUCUUUGAAUUUGAAGUUUUCCCCUUUCCUUCCUCACGCCCUGUCCAAGGAACUUCCUCAUAUGACUGUUUAUUCUUAAUUGAUUCCUGUGUCUGAUGUAAGUCACAUGGUGUUAACCAAAGAACCAAGUCUGUUUCUAAUUAUUUGGACAAAUAAUGUUUGCACUUGCUAUUACGUAAAAGACAGAAAUGAUAUGAUGGAUCUCUGUUAACAAAUACAAAAUAGGCUUCUGUGAAUGUGACUCCCAGCUGAGAAUUCCAGAUACCUCUUUUCUGACUGGAUGUGCAUUGUUGUAUCAGUAGCAAAGUGUUUGGGUUGUAUUUCAUGGUGCAUUUUAAUCAAAAUCCUAUUACAGACAAAAAUGUAAGUCAGUCAGUGCUGUCAAAUUAGCUUGGUUUAGCCAUGUUAUACCUAUAUCUGAAGUGUGCUAUUUUGAGAACAGAUUUGGCUUUCCUGUGUCUGAAGUCCUGAUAUUGUACAAUAAUUAUCUUGUGUAUGCUGGUCUUACAGGAACAGACUGAUGCUGCAUUGUAUGUACAUUUCCUACCGGUAUCCCUUCAUUGUAUAAUUUAUGUAAUAUAACGCAGUUUUCAACUACUAUUUCAACCUGAAAUUCCUUAAAUUUCAGUGCAUGUAUAGCCUUAAAUAUUUAAGACACCAAGCACAGUUUUAAUGGGAAUAGGUUAUAUUUGCAAGUCCUGUUUGACACAGAAGUCAGAGAAUUAUUUUUAUAUAUCAGUCAAAGAUUGUAGAAAAAAUGGGUAUAUUGCAGUCAUCUUAUCAACCAUGCUCGUACUUAUAUGCAUUUAAAAAAAAAAAAGGGCAUUUUUACUAAGGUUUUUAGAGGUAAAAUAUCAGUGCUCAUUUCCUUUCUUGAAUUUAUUUUGUUUUCAUACUUUCAUUUCUGUACAGAACCGUGGUGCCCUUAACUAAUACCCAAGACUGAAUUCACACCUAUUUUCAGUAUUCCUUGAGCUGCUUUUCUUCUCCGUUCCUUUUUCAAACUGAAUAAGUGCUAAUUAAAAUUUCCCUAAAAAAAAAAAAUUUCCCUUUUUUUUUUUCAUUUUGACAGUAACAUAAUUAGAGCAAAUGACUGUUUGCAGCUGUUUAUGCAGCUUAUUAAAGUCUUAGAAGUUUGUUUGAAGCUGUCAUUAUAAUCCAGAUGAAGACAUACGUUUCAUGGCAUUUCAGUCCACAGCAGGUGAAAACGGGAGCUCUGGCGAUGAACGUGCAGAUCUGCACGUUGGGUGUCAGACUGUACAUCCCCAGAGGGAUUUAUAAUUAAAUGUCACAUUGUAUCUACAGUAUCUCCAGUUGUGUGUUGUCAGAUUCUUGUUGUUUUGUUUUCUUUCUUACUAACUAGCAAAAAACUACUUUUAUCAUCUUUGUGCUGCUGUAUAUUAAUCCUGAGGGUUUCCAGUGCGCAAGAUCGGUUUAAUGUUGUCAGUUCUCUUUCUGUGAAAAAAACCCUGGACUUUCAGCAUACACAUCCCAUUCCUGUUCCGGGGAGAGCCAGAAUGCCACCAGCUGGUUUUAGUUGUAUUUACCUGCACAGCACAGGUAACUUUAAUCCCAAGUUAGUUUGAGUGAAACAUGCUAUAGUAUAUUUUCAAACCAUGGAUCUGUCACAGCAUUAAAACAGUCAUUUUGCAUAUCUGAAACUUUGCAGCUGUGGAUUUGUAUUUUGUUUACUUCUAUCUCUGUGAAAUGUAUUUUUGUCAGUUUGAGGACUUUGGAUAUUACAAAGUAUUUUCUGUAUGUGGAAUCAGCUUUUUGCAUGUGAAUUUAAUUGCUGAAAAGUAUUUGAAAAAAAAAAGGAAAAAUCACUUUUAAAACUGGUUGUCGUCACUUUCCUUUGGAAUUCAUUAGAUUGUAAGCAAAACCAGACUUCACUGUUCAGAAGAUAGUAAUGCUUGGUCAACUAUUGGAGCUGCUGUCUGCAUUAAAAAAUAAUAAAAUAUUUUUUAAUUUUGGCAAGUUAAUCCUAGCCCUUACGCACAUUUUGGCUCUGUUUACAAAUUUCCUAAGUUACCCCAAUUCCCUUUCUGUUCCUCACAGUCUUUGUUGAUGUCAUGAAUCUUCUACUUAGAGAAUUUUAAAUUAACCAGUGUGAUAAUGUUCUAAAAAAUAUGAUGUGUAUACUGGCAAAUAAAGACACACUCAGGUGAUCA